UUCUAACCUGCCUUAAUCUAACCUAAAAUCUAAACAGGUACUAUGUUCCUGCUAAUGUCAGAUGGUUGAGUAUAAAAAACGUUGGGAUCCCUGAUUAGGAAAGCCGAGGUCCAUGGACCCAACCAGAUUACAAUAUCAUUCAAUCUCACCAUUUCUUCCACAAUAUACAUCCAUCCCAUCACCGCGACCAUAAAAUAUUACCAGCAAGAUGCCUCCAAAACUACGAUCAAAACGCCCCGGUCGGCCGCGUCUAGACACAGCCAACGACGCCUCCUUGACUCAUGAUCGCCGCGACCAGCUCCGUCGCGCCCAAAAGGCCUACCGCCUGAAGAAAGAAGCCAUCUUCCAGAAUGCGACUUCGCGAGCCGAGAAACUGGAAGCGAGCAUGCGCGAGGCCUCCGAUGAGGUAAUUGGACUGGAUAAUGCCGCUGCUGAAGCGCAGCUGCAUCUCUCCCAUCCAGAUAUCUAUGCACGCCUGCAGCGGCUUCGUGGGAUUUUAACCAGCGACUCGAACUCGAUGCCGUCUGAAUCUCCAAAAGAGCCUGCUGCGCAUCAAAUCCCAAGUCCAGAUCAAAUCCCCAAUCUAGAGUAUCCUAUCCCCAUGGCCAUGCCAGCCAGGGAAUAUACGUAUUCCUUCCAGGAAACACGCUUCUCGCGGCGUCUGCAGCGGUACUGCCUCGAGCACGCAUACCGGCUCUUCACUGGCUCCGAACCUGGUUCUGAGCGCGACAUCUACCGCGUCUUCCGCCUGGUGCCUUGCAUUCGGGACCGCGAGAAGACACAGCCGCGGUUCCUGGAGCUGUUGAAUGGCGGGCUGCAUGAUCCGCUCGAGGUCUCGGGUCUUCCGUUCUAUACCAUCGGCGGUGCGGGGAUGCAUUACCCCGAUAUUGAUGGGUUAGGGAGGGUGGUGUAUCCUGGGAAUAGGCGCGUGCCUGGGCGGAUUUUAGGGAUUCUGCCCACGGCUGAUCAGAGUCGGGGCUCCAAGGAGCUGUUGGAGGUUUGUGGGUUUGGGGGGGUGUGGUUUGAUAGUCGGGAUGUGGAGGGGUAUCUUAAGCAGAAUGGGGUUGAUGUGCAGGGAGGGCUGUUUCCGGUGGUGAAUACGCGUGGCAGGACUGGGUAUGUGCUGGAUGUUGAAGGGUUCUUUUCGAACCAAAUCGCCGUUAAACCGGUUGAAGACCACUUCGUCUCCGUCCUCCCUCCCACCCGCAUGGGCGAUCUCGCAGACUGGGCAUACGGCGGUAACAUCCUCGCCGUCGCCGUGAGCGCCGCCUACGCAACCACCACCCCCGGACAUCAUCUGUAUUCCAUCUGCGGACACUUUGUGCGUCCUGCCAGCCCUUCAUCCAAUCUUAUCUGUCGAGUCGAGCGCAUCCGCGACACUCGGACAUUUCAAACUCGACAUCUCCGCUUGUAUCAGGGCGAACACCUGUGUCUUAUCGCAACAGCGGACUUUCACAUCGAGGAGUCUGCUGAAUUGGUGCGUUACUCCGCUCAUCCGCACAAACCGACAUCUGUGGGCGAAUCCAAUUCAAAAACAGAAACGUCCGAACCGGGUCUAUACAGGAAUAUCGACCCGUUCAUGGACGUGCGUUCCCUUCCUACCUCGAGUAAAAGCAACCACAAUAUCCCAGAUAUAGUAUCCACCGAGCAAUUCCGUAUAAACGGGGCCCUUCCCACAGAGGCAGACCAAGUCGCCGCUCUCGCAUUCUACAUGGAUCGCGGGCUCGCGUAUAUCCCAGCGAACCACGCCGGCCGGAGCCUAUUCGACGCGAGCGCCUGUGCAACGCUGGAUUUUGCGCUGAGGGUCGCAACGCAUCGGUUUGAUUUGGGUGAGUGGCAUACUUCGGAGAAGCGGACUUGUCGCGCUGGGAAUGCGAGGGCGCUCAGUGAGGGGGGUGUCUUUGGGGGUGGGAGGUUGUUGGCGAGUAUGACGCAGGAGACGAUUUUGAGGCCGAAGAGGGAGGGACCGAGGAUUUGA